GGGUACCUUGCGCCGGAGAUGCUCCAGCGCGAGUCCUACAACAAGGAGGUUGACGUGUGGGCGCUGGGGGUGAUCGUAUUCGUGCUGCUGUGCGGGUGCUUGCCCUUCGACGACGACAGCAAGAAGCUCAACCGCGCCGGGGCGUUUCAGAAAUUCGUCCUCCGCUUCCCCCGGUGGGCGCAAAAGCUCUCGCCUGGCGCCAAGGACCUCCUCUCCAAGCUGCUGACGGUUACACCGCAGGCGAGAAUCACCGCCAAGCAGGCCCUGGAACACCCCUGGGUGACAGGCAAGGUGGCCGCAGCCGACAACUACCUGGAGUCGCCGAGAACCCUGCGCAAGCUCCGCGUCGGCAGCAGCCCGAAGAAGGGGUGGGGCAAGGGGGUAGGGGGGGGGAGAGGGCGUGACGGCGCGCCGAAGCAGCAGCAGACGGCGGCGGCAGCGGCGGCGGCGGCGUCAGAGGCCCGCAGGAGGGCGGAAUUCGAGGAGCAGAGCGAUGAGUACAGAGAGGGGGGGGUGGGCCUCGGNNNGGGGGGGGGGGGGGGGGGGGGGGGGGGGGGGGGGGGGGGGGGGGGGGGGGUGAGCUGUCAGGGUGUGCUUUUCCAUGCUGUUGGCGAGAAAGCGUGUGCCCUGGUGUGUGAAGUUCAGGGGGGGGGGGCUUUAGCUGUCAGGAGAUAGUAUUGCUGAUUGCGGGGUUGUUGAUGAAUUCCACCAUCGUCGUCGAUCACAAAUGUAAAUUACCGUGCGCUUUUUGAGUCCCGAGAUAGGAAGAGAAGAAUAUCAGUUCUCUCCUUUUCCUUGGCUGCCAUGACGCAAGAAUGAAGGCUGUGCGCAAGAGGUAACCAGCAGCAGCCGUUGGUUCUCGGUCGGGUUUAUUUAGUGUUCGUGCCCUUGUGUUGAAGCUGUGCUUCGAUUGUUACACGGGCCUGGGAGGGCCUGGGAAAUUCGCCCAUCGAAUCGGGGGCGAGAGAUGAUGAGUUUUUUUUUAAGAGUCAUACGCUUUGAAGGAGAUUUCGUCAUUUUGGAAGAAGCAGUCUGGGA